CUAGGUCUAGUGGUCUCUCUCUCACUCCCUCUCGUUCUAGUUCUCUCUCUCUCUCUCAAAUGCCUGCCAUCAACUCCAUCAAGGUGCUGGAGAAAUGCCAAGUCUCUCCAUCACCUAAAAAAUCUCUUGAUCUUACCUUCUUAGACAUAUGUUGGCUUUACACUCCUCCUCCAUCCAGUAUCUUCUUUUAUGAAUUCCCUCAUCCUGUUACCCACUUCAGAGAAAACAUCCUUCCCAACCUCAAAAAGUCACUCUCCCUCACUCUCCGACAUUUCUACAUUCUUGCUGGAAACCUAACGUGGCUGCCUCCAUCCACUGAACCUGAGAUCUGUUAUGUCAAUGGUGACGUARUCUCGCUAACCAUCGCCGAGUCUAAUGACGAUUUUAAUUAUCUCUGUGCCCACCAUCCUCGUGAUGAAAAUCGAUUUCGCCCUUUGGUUCCUAAAUUGCCAUCAUUCUCUGAUUCCAAAGUAGUCCAACUCCUAGCCUUGCAAAUAACUUUGUUUCCCAACUCCGGAUUUAGCAUUGGGAUCACCUCCAGCCAUGUAGUUGCCGAUGGAAAAAGCACUUUUCAUUUCAUUAGUUCGUGGGCAUCCAUAUGUAGGCAAGGAGGGGAUUCAUCUUUGUCAUCUGGUUCCCUUCCAUUCUAUGACAGGACAAUAAUUAACGAACCUGAGGGUCUUACAAAAGCAAUUUACCUCAAGGAGAUUGAAAAAUUCAAUCCCACGGACUCCUCCUCCUCUCAAAGUUCUGAAGUCGUCCCAACUGAUACUAGUGCUCUUAAAACCACUUUAGGGUUGAGCCGAGGGGAUAUCAAUCGACUAAAGCAAUGGGUCUUGGCACAACACAGGAAGGACGAAGAUCAGAUUGCACCACCAUUACGUUUCUCGGCAUUCGUUGUAACGUGCGCUGUCAUGUGGGUUUGCUUGAUUAAAGCAGGAGUGACUAUAAGUUCUCCUAGUAAAGAGAUGGAGCACUUGUUAUUUCUUGUAGACUGUAGGGGUCGCCUAAGGGAUCCUCCGGUGCCACCUACAUACUUUGGCAAUUGUCUUGCUCCUUGCUUCGUGGAUGCUAAGAAGAUAGAUUUAGUAGGAAAAGAUGGCAUCGUUAUCGCAGCAAAGGCGAUUGCAGACGCAAUAAAGAGGUUGGAAGAUGGAAUAUUGAGAGGUGCAGAGAGGUGGCCAUCAGAGGUGCUUUGGCGAGAGAAAGAGGGAAUGGUUUGGGUGUCUGGAUCACCCAAGUUUGGGGCUUAUGAGAUGGAUUUUGGGUGGGGAAAACCAAAGAAAUAUGAAAUGCUUGGAGUAGUGGGUGAGAGAAACUUUUCUGUUUUUGAUGGUAGAGAUGGAGAAGAUGCGGUUGAGGUGGGGUUGUCUCUGCCUAACCCCAAACUGGAAGCUUUCACAACUUUCUUCGCCGACUGUCUAAAGAUAUGCAAUUGUUGAGUGGAUUGAGAUCGGCCUCGCUCACCAAGGGRUUGUGUAGUA